AUAUGUCAGUACUUUUUUUUUAUUAUUUACUGGUUGAUAUCAACUCUGUGUUAAAUGUUAGCCGUUAGCUUUUAGCUCCGUUCCAUUUGUUUGAGGUUUUAGACCCAGUUUUCAGUCGUACGCUCGCAGUGUGUGGUCACGUUGAUCGAUUAGUCGCAAUGGUCGACGGUUAAUAGAUUUUUGUAGCCACAUAAGACCAUUGCAGUCUUAAAGUCGAGGGAAAUCCUGGGCGACUGACAGGAACAUCUGGAACGACGAGGCAGUGAGAACGGAAGUAGAGCUAACUCCUUUGAAGUCAGACGACAGCCUUUGCCUGGUGCAGGCGUAGGUGCUGAGCAGCAGGGGGCGAUGGCUCUGAUUGAAGGCGUAGGUGACGAGGUCACGCUGCUCUUCGCUGCUCUGCUCCUCGUCUUUGUGCUGCUCCUCGCCUGGAUCUCCACCCGCACCUCUGAGCCUUCAGAGCACCUGUUCACAGGCCACGCCCCUACACAAAGAACUGGCUCCGCCCCCCAAGACGCCCCCUCCACAUCAGCCGUUAGUGAUGUCACCGACUCCUCUUCAUCAGUGCUGAGUUCUGAAACUCCUGCUGUUUCUGUCCCCGAGGAGAAGGCAGAGGACGGAGAUGAGAGGGGAGAGGACAGUGGGCGGGGCAGGUGUGCCGUGGGCGGGGCCUCUCCGUCACCUCAGAGGAACAUGGUGGUCAGACUCAAGUUCCUCAACGACACAGAGACCAUGGCUCAGGUCCAACCACAGGACACCAUCGGUUACAUCAAACGGACCUACUUCCCGGGUCAGGAGCAGCAGAUCCGUCUGAUCUACCAGGGUCAGCUGCUGCAGGACGACGCUCAGACUCUCCAGUCCUUGAACCUGGGCCACAACUGUGUCCUGCACUGCCACAUCUCACAGCACACCCCCCGCAGUUCCACGGCCACACCAGCAGGGCCUCGGCAGGGGCCGGACCAGGUGCAGGUGGCACUGAACGUGGGCAGCCUCAUGGUGCCCCUGCUGGUGUUGAUGCUGUCCGUGCUGUGGUACUGUCAGAUCCAGUACCGGCAGUUUUUCACGGCGCCGGCCACGGCCUCCCUGGUGGGCGUCACCAUCCUCAUCAGCCUGGUGGCCUUUGGCGUCUACAGACGCUGAGCUGCGUCCUGAUUGGACCUCUGAUAGAGAGUUGACUGUUGCCAUGGAGACUUAGCUGAAAGUUUGUGGCUCAUGUGACAGCUGUUCUUCAUCAGGUGCCUCUUGACUGACACACGUCCGUCUGUGGAGACGUUACAUCUGUCCACGCUAUGUUUCUCAGCUGGAGGUGCACGUCCUCUGGAGGUGCACGUCAGCGUCUGUCAGGUUGUUGUGGUCUUCUGUGUUUGCAGCAUUGAACCUGUAGCCUGUGUCUGUUUAUUAGCCUACGUUAGCUUCUUUUCCUUCUUUUCUUUUUAGCGGUACACAAGCGCAGUAUUGAACUGCGGGUCAUCAGUGUACUAGUAGGUACCACUGUAUUUUCACAAUCACUGUGAUGGUGUGACAUGGGGGUAAAAACAUGACUGACAUGAUGAAGCUGAGCUGAUUGGUUGAUCAGAAACAAUGAUAUUUAGAGAUGUCGGCAUCAGACGCUGGAGGAUUCUGGGAAAUCCACCAUGUUGGUCAGACAUCGAGAGUUAAAGUAGUGACUGUGCUCAACAGACACAGGUUAGAAACAGUCUGUCGCCCCCUGGUGGACAACGUGGGAAUAUUAACAAACGCAGCAUAAUUUCAACCUCCCCACAGGUCAUUCACUCUGUUUCUAUGAGCCCCUCCCCCCCACCAAGGGCCCCCUCUCUUGUUUGUUGAAAAAGUUCGGCAUUCUUCUAAACGCAUUCUUAGCGUCACCUACAGGUUAGGCUUAGAGCGACAUGCUCAGUGCUGACAAAUGCUAAAUACCAGAAUAAACUGCACCUUCAAACUUGUAGCUGACAUUGUAUCCAACACGACCUGGACCGAUGGAUGAACAACGACAGGUUCUGUGUUUAUGAACACGCAUCUUUAAAUUACAAAUGGUGUGAAUAAAAUAAACGGAUAAAACUUGA